AUGGACGACGACGGUGGUGACGUGGCGGACGUCGACGUCGAGCUUCGCGCGCGCUGGCGAGCGGCGAUUGGCGCGGAGACGCCGUACGCACGACUCGUGUUCGAUACGCCUCGCGCGCGCGCGGUGCGCGAGCACGACAACUGGCGCGCGCUGUCGACGGCGGCGGCGGGCGACGACGUCGACGCGGAUGAUGGGUUCCGCGUCGCCUUUAAGCGUUACUUCGUCAGCGAUUACGUCUUCGUGGAGGAUUUCAUCGAUUUGCUCGCGCGCGCGCUCGCGUCGGCGCCGAGAUUUGGGAUUAAGACGUGCCUAGGGGGGUUUUUGAACGAGCUGCUGCGAGGCGAGGCGACGCUGUUUCGCGAGUCGUUGCGCACGCUGUGGAACAUUGACGCGGAUGACGUAGACUCGCUGCGAGCGAUAGGUGAUGAAGAUGUGUCGAUGGCGAUGUCGAAAUUUCUGCGGCGUAUUGCUGAUGAUGGCGAUUGGUUGUCGCGCAUCGCCGUCGUCGCCAUCGCCGAGGGACUGUACUUGUCCUGGGGACUGCGCGUCGUCAACGCAGACGUGCAAAAAGUCGCGAGUGGGCUUGUUGACGGGGCGAGCGCGGAGCGCGUAUUAUAUGCCAAGUGGGUAUGGCCGCUGCACUCGAGCAUCGAAUUCCAACGCGCUGUAUGCGCCUUCGUGGAGGCGUUUAAUGACGCUUGGCUUGAUGCGGACGAAGGCUCCAGAACGCGUUGUGAAGCCAACGUGCGCGAAAUGUUAGACUUAGAGCUGGCGUUCACGGAGUUAUUGUCGUCCUCGUAG